CAAUGGGCGUUAAACUUCCCCUACCGACGGUGAAGGUCAACAGCUAUCAGUGUCACAAGGGACCGGUACUCUCAGCGCGGCUCAAUGAUGAAGGCGAAUACAGCGUCACAGCGGGAAAAGACAGCAAUGUGAUACUGAGCAAUCCAUACAAGGGCAGGGUAGUUGCCACGUUUUCGGGUCACAACGGGCCGGUACACGAGGCUGUGAGCUCUGCCGACAAUACCAAACUGGCGUCGGGUGGCGACGAUAAGAUCGUGAUGUUGUGGGACGUGGCCACGCAGCGAUUUUUAAGGAAAUUCAGAGGCCAUCUAGCG